GCUUGAUUCGACAUUCCACCUCUCUCUCUCUCUCUCUCUCUCUCUCUCUCUCUCUCUCAUAUAUGAUAAUUAAAGCCUUUUGUACUUUUCUAAAGAAGAAGAAAGCUUUAUUUCCUGUAAGAAUAUACGAUUUUUGCAGUUACCCAUUCUACCCCUAUCUUAAUCUGUCAAAAAUUCUUGGUGUCUUCUUCCAACCCUCUCUUCCCUUUGUAUAUAAGGAGAAAGGAUUGAUUUCUAUUCUCUGUCCCCUUCUUUACAGAAAGACUGGAGAAUACAGAAACCUUUCCAUUCUCUUCCAUCAUGGCGGAUAUUUAAAGAUUAUAAUUUACAAUAUUUCAGAGUAUCCAUUGAUUUACAACUACGGUUAAGAUGCCUGGCGUCAUGGGAGAGGGGAUUGAAACUGACCUGAAUCGCAACUCCUCCCCUUUUAAGGAAAAGGUAGCUUCCAAUAGGUCCCCGAGGAGUCCUGGAAGUCCUCGCAGUGAGGCUCUUGAUCACCAUUUGGAUGGUGCUGUUAACACCUCAAUCGAGCAGUUGUAUGAGAAUAUAUGUGAAAUGCAAAGCUCUGAUCAAUCACCGUCGAGGCGUAGCUAUGGAUCUUAUGGUGAUGAAUCAAGGGUUGAUUCAGAGCUGCGACAUCUAGUUGGGGGAGAUAUGGGAGAGGUGGAGAUAAUGCAGGAUGAGGAGAAGUCGGAGGACACUGGAAGUGAUUCAGUUUCUAAGAAGGAAAAUGGUUCUGUGGAAAAGAAGUCCGGCAAGUUGGAUAAUACCCACUCCACCAGUCCCAAGUCUGCUAAAUCUGCUUCUUCAGUAAAAUGGAAGAAACCCUCUAAGGUAAAAGUGGAAUCUUGUGUAUCAACUAAAAUAAAUUCUAAGAGCAAAAAAUCAAGUAAGCCUCCUAUUGACAAACGUGGUGAUAAGAAUUCACCAAAAUCAAAUGCCAGAGUUGUGUCAUUGAAGAAACAGAAAGACUCUGCUUUGGAAGUGUCAAAAUCACAGAUGGGGGCUGAGGAUACAUCUGAAGCAGGGUCAGAAAGCCUAGAGCUUGGGCCUUCUCUUCUUCAACAGGCAAGGGAUUUGAUCUCUUCUGGUGAUAAUCCCCAUAAAGCUCUUAAAUAUGCUCUUCGUGCAGUGAAAUCAUUUGAGAAAUGUCUAGACGGCAAACCUAGUUUAGACUUGGUUAUGAACUUGCAUGUUAUAGCGGCAAUACACUGCAUCUUAGGCCAAUAUGGCCAAGCAAUUCCUGUUCUUGAGCGCUCAAUUGAGAUUCCAGUCAUGGAGGAGGGCCACGAUCAUGCCCUUGCUAAAUUUGCUGGCCACAUGCAAUUGGGUGAUACAUAUGCAACGGUAGGUCAGCUUGAGAAUUCCAUAAUGUGCUAUACAAGGGGUUUAGAGAUUCAGAAGCAAGUUCUGGGUGAAGUGGAUCCAAGGGUGGGUGAGACUUGUCGCUAUUUGGCUGAAGCACAUGUUCAAGCACUACAGUUUGAUGAGGCAGAGAAGCUGUGUCAGAUGGCUCUUGACAUCCACAGGGAGAAUGGUCAACCUGCUUCUCUUGAAGAGGCAGCGGACAGGAGGCUUAUGGGUCUUAUCUGUGAAACAAAAGGUGACCACGAAGCAGCCCUUGAGCAUCUUGUGUUGGCUAGCAUGACCAUGGUGGCCAAUGGUCAAGAAUCAGAGGUGGCUUCUGUUGAUUGCAGCAUUGGAGAUACCUAUUUAUCUUUGGCUCGGUUUGAUGAAGCUAUCUGUUCUUAUCAGAAAGCACUUGCAAUGUUCAAGUCCAGCAAAGGAGAGAAUCAUCCUACUGUUGCUUCAGUCUUUGUCCGCCUGGCUGAUUUGCAUAACAAGAUAGGGCAGGUAAAAGAGUCAAAGUCUUACUGUGAGAAUGCCUUACGGAUUUAUGGAAAGACUAUUCCUGGAAUCCCCCGAGAGGAGAUUGCCAGUGGUCUGACCGAUGUAUCUGCUAUCUAUGAGUCUUUGAAUGAGCCUGAGCAAGCACUCAAGUUGCUUCAGAAGGCUUUAAAGAUAUAUGUUGAUUCCCCUGGUCAGCAAAGCACGAUUGCAGGAAUUGAGGCCCAGAUGGGGGUCAUGUACUAUAUGUUGGGGAAUUACUCUGAAUCUUACACCUCUUUCAAGAAUGCCGUUUCAAAGCUCAGGGCAAGUGGAGAGAAGAAAUCAGCUUUCUUCGGGAUUGCCCUCAAUCAAAUGGGACUGGUAUGUGUGAAACGUUAUGCAAUAAAUGAAGCUGCAGAUCUGUUUGAAGAAGCAAGGAGUAUUUUGGAACAAGAGUAUGGACCAUAUCACCCUGACACACUAGGAGUAUACAGCAAUCUUGCAGGAACUUAUGAUGCCAUGGGCAGGUUGGAUGAUGCAAUUGGGAUUCUGGAAUAUGUUGUUGGGAUGAGGGAGGAGAAGCUUGGGACAGCUAAUCCUGAUGUAGAUGAUGAGAAGAGAAGGCUGGCUGAGUUAUUAAAAGAAGCAGGCAGGGUCCGAAAUAGAAAAGCCAGAUCACUAGAAACCCUCCUCGUAACCAAUUCUCAUCCUAUAAAUGAAGAUGGCAUAAUGGUAUGAUUAUGCUGGUGAUGAAUGCAAGCAUAUAUGUAAAGUAAAAUAUUUAUAAAAUAUAUAUAAUAUAUGAAAAACAGAUUAGGUGAUGGCUUGGUUGAUUAGAUUCUUGUUGGGGUGGUUGAAUGAAAUAACAGGAGAGAGGAGCUUUUGGUUAUAUUUUUAAUUAUUCAAUUCUUUGGAGUCAAAAGGUUGUUGUAUUUGUAUUCCCUUGCUGAAGUAACUGAGGGAAUUCCUUAGUCACAUUAUCGUUUGUAUUUAAUUGUUUAAAGGAAUAUAUGAGAUUCCCUCUUAUUGUAUACCGAACUACUGCUUAAAAUAUUACAAACAAUUGAAGUAUCACACAGUAUUGCUGUUAA